UUGUAAACAUUGGAAAGCGGAUGUAGCACGUUGGUAGUGAUGAUACUGCUUUUAUAUCCAAAUUACCAAGCAUAAAGCGGCAAAAGCAAUGAUUAGAAAUGUGUCACGCUUUAUUUUAAAGAUAUUCUUCUAUGUGAAAAUGAGAUCUUUAAUUUUUUUCUUCUUAUCAAUGUUUACUAUUCUUAGUUUUGUAGCAGUUGAACAUUUUGCAAAGGGGGACCUGCCAAUCUUGUUGUGGUGGACACAACAAAUAUAUCCGCAUACAAAUGACAACAUGACGCUAAUAAGAUGUGGAGACGUUAAAUGUUAUUCUACAAAGUCUAGAGGAUAUCUUGACAAUAAAAACACAAAAGGUAUUAUGUUCUAUGGUACUGGAAUAGAUCCUUUGGAUUUACCACUCCCAAGACUUCAAGAUCAUGAAUGGUGUUUGUUUCAUGAAGAGUCACCAUUAAACAAUUACCUCCUGUCUCAUGAACAUUUCAUACAUCUUUUCAACCAUACUGCUACAUUCAAACGUGAAUCAGAUUACCCAAUCACUACUCAAGACAUUUUUGCAUUAGAGUAUCUCACAGAGCGACAAGCUAUUGAUAUCAAGGUUAAAAAUGAAAAACAAAAAUCAGAUGGAUUUGCUGCUCUAAUGUACACUCAAUCUCAUGCUGAUGUACCAUCAUACCGUGAUUCAUAUGUUAAAGAGCUGAUGAAAUAUAUAGAUGUGGAUUCAUAUGGGACGUGCUUGCACAAUAAAGAUCUUCCAGAAAAUUUAAUAAAUCCUGCAGAAUCAUUCCAAAAAGAUCAGUUUCUUGAUUUUAUUGCUGGAUAUAAGUUCCAUUUAUCAUUUGAAAAUGCUGUAUGUGAUGAUUAUAUGACUGAAAAAUUAAUGAGACCUCUACAUUUAGGCUCAGUUCCUAUUUAUUAUGGCUCACCUAAAGCAAAAGAUUGGAUGCCAAAUAAUCAUUCUAUUAUCAUGGUCAAUGACUUCAACAGCCCCAAGGAGCUUGCCGAAUUUAUUAAAUAUUUAGACGAAAAUGAUGAAGAGUAUUUAAAAUAUCUAAAUUUUAAAAAGCCAAAUGGCAUUACAAACACACUGUUAAAGGAAACAGUCCUAAACCGUGACUGGGGAUCACAUGAUCACAAAUAUUAUUUUUACAACAUUGAGGAUAAAGUUGAUUAUUACCAAGGAUUUGAAUGUCAUGUUUGUCGUGAAAUUCAUAAACGAAUGAAUGCAUUAAAGGAACAUGAAAAAGAUCCAUCAAAACCAAAGCCUCCACCAAAAAUAGCUGACAAUUCCCAUCUUGGAUGUCCAAAGCCAUUUUCACCAUUGUCAGGUCAGGAAAUACCUUCUUCACACUGGUCAUUUACAUAUGAAGAUACAAAGACAGUAGCUGAUGCUGUUGUAGAAAUGUUACGUAGAGGAGAGGAAGAUCCAUCUUUAACAUAUAUGUACUAUUCUCAACUAAAGAAGAAGCAAAACUCUCAUAACACGGGAGAAUUAUGAUAACAUUAUGAUAAGGUCAUAGAAUAUUUUUUUUAUUGGACUUAUACUGACAUUACUGUAUCAAUUUGGGAUGAAAAAUAAUGUUCAUUCAUUUAAAACGAAUGAAAAGAAAUUUGGGAUUUAAUUCAAAGAGUCAACAACCCAAUAAUAAUAAUAAUCAAGACUUCUAGAGGGCAACAAUACACAGGUGUCUACACAAUAUGCCAGCUUUUAAAUUGUCCUUUAUCUAUAUAAAAAGUUGUGAAAGUCUAUAAUUUAUUUUUUAUUUUACCUCAUAUUUUUACAUUUAAAAAAUCAAACAGCUGUGCUUGUGUUUAUUAUUUGAUAUUUGCCAAAAGAUUAUUUUUUCAAAAAACUAAUUUCUCCUUUUUAAGGCAGUCACUCCAUUUAAAGUUUCUUUUUUUAUUUUACACAAAGAUAGAAAAUCAAACAUUAGCUUGCCAGAAAGAGAGAAAAUUAAACAAAUGCUAUAAAAAAAAAUAAUUAAAGAUUGCUUGCAAAAAAGAGAGAAAUUAAAACAAAUGCUAGCAAAAAAAAAAAUCAAAAAUUGCAAAAAAGAGAGAAAAUUAAAUAGUAGCUUGCACAAAAAAGAGAAACUUGAACAUAAGCUUGCAAAAAAGAGAGAAAAUUAAACAUAAAAACUAGCAAAAAAAGAGAGAAAAUUAAACAUAAAAACUAGCAAAAAAGAGAGAAAAUUAAACAUCAAAACUAGCAAAGAAGAGAGAAAAUUAAACAUUAGCUUGCAAAAAAGAGAGAAAAUUAAACAUAAGCUUGCCAAAAAAAAAAGAGAAAAUUAAACAUUAGCUUGCAAAAAAGAGAGAAAAUUAAACAUUAGCUUGCAAAAAAGAGAGAAAAUUAAACAUAAGCUUGCAAAA